UAUAUAUUAUUGAAUUGAAUUCAUUUAAGCACUCAAGUUCCUUUCUAUACUUACAUCUUUUUCUGUCAACUGCUUAAUCUGAUUAAAUCAUAUGCUGACCUUGUAUAUCCCCACCUUGUCUUACUCCAUUGCUGUAGAAGAAGAAUUGGUUUUAUUGCUCUUAUACAAGGAGAUGUGUAGGUUUUACUGAGAAUCAGUUGACAUUUAAUUUUUGACGUUAGAACAUGUUGAAAGCAGAAUUUAAAUAACAUUUCCAAAAAAUGGCAGAUGCACAUGCUAAAGGCAAAACACCUUCUUUCCUUGCUAAAUUGUAUAGAAAAUUUAAAAAAGAUGGAAGUAGAAAAUUAGAAGAAGGAGAAAUACAAAAUUCAAAAAUCAAAGAAACUUCAAAGGAAUUCAUUGAUAAUUUAAAUGUUGAAGCUCAUAGUGAUAUAUAUGAAAAUAAAAAUGUGUUAGUGCUGCAACCAGAUAUUAACAAUAAAUUAAAUGUUAGUAUUGCUGGAAGCAGUACAAAUUAUUAUGACAAUACAAGAACUGUGUUUACUGUACCUUCAAAUUCAAAACAAAUAAGUAAAACAUAUACUGAUAACAUACCUACGCAUAACAAAAGUGUAACUGAUAUGGAUAUGUACACAGGGAAAAAGAAAUUUAUUUCUAGUUCAGAUAGGAAUUUAGAUAUAAAAAUUGCUUUCCUAGCACAAUCUUAUGAUGAAGUAAACCAUGUAUAUCAAUCGAAUGAAAAUAAGUCUACAAAAUAUUUAAAUCCUUCUAUUAGAAUGCCAAAUUUGGUACCAAAUUCUAAUACGGCAAGUUUUUUGCAUGGAACACAUAAAUUAUUAAUAAGAGAAACAAAAACAGUAGGCCAAGAAAGUAGUGAAGAUAGCGAUUUUUCUGCAGAUUUAACAGAAGAUUUAUUUGAAGAAUCAUCAGAAGAUGAAAAUGAACUUUUUAUUGAGUAUGAAAGAAGUGAAAAAAAUUUAAAGGAUGAAUAUUUUACAAAAGGAAAGUAUAUCACAUAUUUCUUUCUGGAAAUGGAACGGCAGUUUUACAAUCCUCAUGAAGUUUACAGUAUGGUUCAAUAUAGUGAAUCUAAUAAUACUGAAAACCCAGGAAAAGAAGGUGAAAAUUCAUCUUCUGGAUCUAUUUCUCCAAAUGUUCCUACAUGUAUAAGACAAAAACUAAUACAUAGACGUUCAGUGGAUAAUUUAGUAGUAAAUUCACCAACAAAUUCUAUGCGACACUCAAGUCCAGAAUCUGUAAGGAGUGCACCUGUUCAGCUCAAACCUCGUUCUACAUCACACGAUGCUCUAUCUAAGAAAAAGGAACGUCAUCGGUCUCAAACAAGUGGAGUCUCUAUAGAUAGUUUAGCAAAACAAGCAUUACUAGCAGCUCAAAUCCCUAAUCUGAUCCCAACACAAAAGGCACGUGAAAGAAAUUUUCUUCAUGGAAGAAUUGCAGCAAAUUCUUUACUUGGACCUGUAGAACUCGAGAAAGUUUUACCAAAUCGUGAAUUGAAAAUUUUUGUUGGGACAUGGAACAUGAAUGGACAAAAUCCACCAAAAGAAUUAAAUGAUUUUAUGUUACCAUCAGAUAUAGAAACUGUCCCAGACUUAUUGGCAAUUGGAACACAAGAAUCAUGUUCUGAACGAAACGAAUGGGAAGCAGCUUUACAGGAAACUCUUGGUCCUUCGCAUGUAUUACUCUUCAGUACUGGUUUAGGAACAUUACAUCUCGCUCUCUUUUUAAGAAGAGAUUUAAUUUGGUUUUGUUCUAUUGCUGAAGAUGCUAGCUUUUCUACGAGAACAGGUACUGCUUUUAGAACAAAAGGAGCAGUAGCUAUAGCUUUAAUGUUAUUUGGUACAAGUUUUCUGUUUGUUACUGCACAUCUAACUGCACAUCAAGAUAAAGUCAAAGAACGAGUCAAUGAUAUUAAAAGAAUAAUCAGAAAUCUUGAUCUUCCGAAAGAUUUACCUACAAGGCAUAGGAGCAAAGAUGUGACACAAAAUUUCGAUUGUGUAUUUUGGUGUGGUGACUUAAAUUUUCGUUUGGCUCAACCAAGAGAAGAAGUUAUACAAUGGGUUACAGAUACAUGCUUUCCUCAACAAUCCCCAGUAAAUUUACAUAAAGACCAAUUACGAACAACUCUUAAUGAAGGAGCUGUUUUACGUGGAUUUGAAGAAGCACCAAUCACAUUUCCACCCACUUAUAAAUAUGAUCCUGGAACACAGAAUUUUGAUUCAAGUAGUAAGCAACGCACACCUGCAUAUACUGACAGGAUCCUCUUCAAGGGAAAAGGGCAUACAAAAGGAUAUAUUCGACGAGUUAGUCAUGAAAGCACAAAUUCAUAUAAAGAUGGAGUAAUAGAAUGCUUAGUAUAUGAUUCCGUACCAAGCAUUUGUACUUCGGAUCAUAAACCUGUGUGGGGUGUUUUCAAAACAAUCAUAAGGCCCGGUAUUGACAUAAUUCCUUUAGGUGGUGGUUUGUUUAAUCGUGAAGUAUAUUUAGAGGGCAUAAAAAGACGUGCAGCUGCUAUGGAUGAUUCACAUGGAACUUCAAAAGUAUGUUCAAUUCAAUAAUCAUUGUUAGAAAUUUCAUUGAUGAGAAAAUUUCAUACUGUCAAGUUUGUAUUAUGUAUUUAAUGAUUCUAAUUAUUCAAUGCCAAAAUAUGAAAUUAUAACUAUUACCAUUUUCACGA